AUGGCGCGGAAGAACAGAGGCAAGAAGACCAAAUCCAGAAAAACCCCACCUUUCUCCACCCCGUUUCCUCCCCCACCGCCGAUGGAGCCACAGGCCAAGGCGGCGAAGGCUUCGAUCGAUGUCCUCGCCGACUUCGACAUCUGCAGCAUUCUCCGCCGUCUCUCCCUCGCCGACCUCCUCCGUGCCGCCCUCGCCUGCCACCGCUGGCGCCGCCUGGCCGCCGGCUGCCUCCCUCGCGCCCCUCCUCUCCUCGGCUACUUCUUCCACCCAACCGAGACCCCUCCCCCGCCCCCCCUCCCGUAUACCAAGAACGUCGACACCCCCGCCGUGUUCGUUCCCCUCGACGCCUCCUCCCCUCGCCUCUCCCUCGAUUUCGCUCCGGACGCCUUCCGCUUCUUCCUCUUCGACUCGCAUCAAGGCCUCCUGCUUUUCGAGCCGGCCGACGAGUUUCCCAAGAAGAUGAUCCCCCGCUUCCUCGUCCUCGACCCGUCCACCAGCCGCCGCAUCCUCCUCCCGCCCCCGCCGCGCGACACGGUGCCCGAUGACCGCCGCUGGCGCAACUCAAGGUACUACGUCGGCUGCGCGCUGCUCUCCCGCGCUCGCCCGGGAAAGCUCUGCUUCGAGGUUGUCUGCUUCGCCAUCGACGGCGGCCACCCUCGCGCCUGGGUGGCGUCCGUCGACAACGGCGACUGCAGCUGGCGCGCGCUCCCGCGGGACGAGGAGGUCGUGGUCGAGUUCGAUCCCUAUUGGUUCGAGGGACGCUGCGUGCACGCCAGCGGCAAGAUCUACUGGCACAUCUGCAACUCUUGGCGCCUGCUCGUGCUGGACCCUGCCACACUCAAGUUCUCCUGCCUGCUGGUGCCGGACGCUAUGUCAUGCGGAUCCUGCAAGUACCGCAUCGGGGAGACGCCGGACGGGCGGCUUUGCUUGGUGACCGACGGCGAGAAACAGCUGCAGCUCUGGGUGCGCGGGGAGGGCAGGUCGAGUGACAACGGUUGGCUUCUGGAGAGGAGGAUCGUGGAUUUGAGCGUGGUGUGCGACAUGGUUCCUGGCCUGCACAGGGACACGAAGAUGAGGACCCUUAGGGUCUGGCCCAGCGACAUGGACGCCGGUCGCACAGGGAAGGUGUUCAUCAAGACCUGGGGAUACGGGUACUACUCGUUCGAUGUGGACACCGGCAAGAUGGAGAGCCUGUGGACGAAAGGUGGCAAGGAAUAUGGGCACCCCAUGUUCGCCUACUUCCUGGCAUGGCCGCCUGCGUUCCUCGCUCCAGAGAACUGA